UCUCCCCACCGAAAACAAACACACACCAAAAAUGCUCCCCCCAUAGUUCCUGAAAACGGAAACAACCACCUCUCCCUGGAAUCCAAUUCAAUUCCCCCUUCCGUAUUCCCAAUGCGGAACAAGAAGCAGAAUCAAUCAACCCCAUUUCCCAAUUGGAUUAUUUAAUGUUCUUCCUUCCUACCCCAUCACCAAUCCCACUCUCCCCGAUUAUUAUUAUUCCCAAUCCCACCACCACCGCCGAAUCACAUUCCCUCCUCCUCCUCCUCCGCUCCCCCACCCUAUCAUCAUCUUCCUCAUCCUCCUCGUUUCUCUCAACUUCAUCCCUAUCAUGCUGCUGCUGCCGCCUAUUUAAGCCCUCUACCAUGCGCAUUCCCAGGAAGCCCGUCUCGUUCUGCCUCUCUUUCUUCUCUGCUCCUGAAUUCUUGUCUCCCUCCUCCUCCUUGUGCUUCUCCCCGGCUCGCUUCGCCUCGUCGGCUACUCUCGGCCGGCCGGAUCGCUCUCACUCUCCCCCCGGAAAGCAGAAGAGAAUUCACACAGUAGGAGGUAAUCUAUUGGGAGCCAGCUAUUUCAUGGAGAAGAGCCGCAAGACUGUUGUAGGUGACAACAACAACUCAUCGCGUCUUGUGCAUAUGGGUUGUAGCGAUGGUGGUCAAGAACCUUGCGUGUGGUCCUCUCCUGGAGGAGGGUGUAAACUUGAUCUAGGAAAGCACAUCUUCUGCAACAGAUCAUUGAAUAUGAAGAAUAUUGUUGCAGUGGGGUUUGAUAUGGAUUACACAUUGGCACAAUACAAGCCAGAAACCUUUGAAUCUCUUGCGUAUGAAGGCACUGUCAGGAAACUGGUAUUCGAUUUAGGAUACCCCCGUGAGUUGCUGGACUGGACAUUUGAUUGGAAGUACAUGGUGAGAGGCUUGGUUCUUGAUAAGAAGAGAGGCAACAUCUUGAAGAUGGAUCGGCAUAAGUAUGUGAAGGUAGCCUACCAUGGAUUUAAGGAGUUGUCGAAGGAAGAUAAAGUUAGUAUUUAUGGAAAUACAUUACUAAGGGAUUCCUUCGAUGAGCCUGAUUAUGCUCUCAUUGACACCCUAUUUUCUCUGGCUGAAGCCUACUUGUUUGCUCAAUUGGUUGAUUUUAAAGACAACAAUCCUGGAAAAGUUCCAAAGGGUGUCGAUUACUCUGUCAUCUACAAAGAUGUUCGAGCUGCUGUUGAUUUGUGCCACCGUGACGGAACGUUAAAGCAAAUGGUUGCGAAAGACCCUAGCAGGUAUGUUAUUGAAGAUACCUCCAUUGUUCCCAUGCUGAAAAUGCUUAGAGAUUCUGGCCGAUCUACAUUCUUGGUAACAAACAGUUUAUGGGACUAUACAAACAUAGUGAUGAAUUUCCUCUGUGAGUCACGUACAUUGGAUGGUAAUAGAAAAUGCACCUUCGACUGGCUUCAAUACUUUGAUGUUGUCAUCACUGGCAGUGCAAAGCCAGGCUUCUUCCAUGAUGGUAAUCGUGCAAAUCUGUUUGAAGUUGAACACGAGUCUGGGAUGCUAAUUAAUACAGAUAAUGGCUCUCCUAUGGCCCAGGUGGGAAGUUCUUCACCAGCAUUCUCAUCAAAGGGAACAGAUAAGGCUUGCCGAGUUUUCCAGGGAGGCAGUGUUGGCCAUCUUCAUAGAUUGCUUUCAAUUGAGUCGAGUGCACAAGUUCUGUAUGUUGGGGAUCAUAUAUAUGGUGAUAUUUUGCGGAGCAAAAAGGUUCUUGGGUGGAGAACAAUGCUUGUAGUUCCAGAACUGGAGAGGGAGGUUGAACUCCUGUGGGAAUUAAGAGAUACCCGAAAGCAACUUCGAUUGUUGAGGAAUAAACGUGAUCUCAUUGAGGACAAAAUGCAUCAUUUGAAGUGGUCACUGAAGUUUGAAGAUAUCAGUGCUGAGGAGAAGCAAAAGUUAGCUUCUGAAUACAACACUUUGGAGUCUGAAAGGGAUCAAGUUAGGUUCAGUCAUCAAGAUGCACAACGCAAAUGCCACCAAAAGUUUCAUGAGACUUGGGGACAACUUAUGAAGACCGGUUAUCAGAACUCUCGCUUUGCACAUCAGGUAGAGAGAUUUGCCUGCCUUUAUACCAGCCAAGUUUCAAACUUGAGCCUGUACUCCCCUGACAAAUACUACAGACCCAGUGAAGAUUUCAUGCCCCAUGAAUUUGAUAUUAUUCCCAUGUGAAGAAAUGAGGCAUCCUAAAGAAAAGGGCAUGGCGUGUUGGGAAAGCAUAAAAUAGAGCUUGCACCGAAGCUUCUAUCCUCUCAAUAUUAUUUGCUCCUAUAGAGUAUCUGUAAAAAUGAAUUGCUUAAGUGCAUGCUCUACUUUCUUUUUCACUAUGUGGUUCAAACUUUCUAUGAGAAUUAAUAGAGCAGUUCCUUGUGUUUGUUG